CCUGCCGCUAGUACUACGGCCCAUUCCGCGGUGGGCCAGGGACACUAGACCACGGACCCAUCAGUGUGAACAGACCACGAGAGCGAGUCACAGAUUAGUAAAUACUAAAUAGUUACGGAGUGCCAAUCGAAAGUUCAAAAUGUUUACCAUGUUCAAAUGGCUCAUCUUUCUCACAUACACACAUACAAUAAUAUGUUUAGAUCCCUACUCGUUACCCGACUUGCCUCCCGGGGAAGCGCCAGAGCCCAUACUGACUUUCAUGGAAGAAACGUAUCGGUCUGGCCGGGGCAAAGCUACCCACGAUGCGGGAGAACCCCUCCUCUUGACGCCAAUGAUUGAGGCAAAUAAACUGGAAGAGGCAAGAAAUGCCGCUCGAGUGGAGUCUGAAUAUAUUUUACCUGAUAUGGAAAGCUACGCUGGGUAUUUAACUGUAAAUAAGGAAUACAAUGCAAACUUAUUUUUCUGGUACUUCCCAGUCAUGGGUCCCCCAGUUGAAGAGACACCUUGGCUCAUUUGGCUUCAAGGAGGGCCUGGUGCGUCUUCCUUGUAUGGAUUAUUCACAGAGAUCGGACCUUUAUCUGUCACAGACGAUUUUCGUAUAGAAGAAGUAAAGUACUCCUGGGGCAAGAACCACUCUCUGCUAUUCAUCGAUAAUCCAGUUGGAACUGGUUUCAGUUUCACUGAUGACGACAGAGGCUACGCUACUAAUCAAACAACGAUCGGUGAAAAUCUGUACACUGCUGUCCAACAGUUUUUGACGUUAUUCCCGGAGCUUCGAAAAGCUCCGCUCACGAUAACCGGGGAAUCAUACGCCGGUAAACACAUUCCGUCACUUGCUAUCCAAAUUUUGUGGCAUAGACAGGAGGAUCCAUCAAUUAAUUUGCAGGGUCUCGCAAUAGGAAAUGGCUUUAUCGACCCACUCACUCUUCAAAGAUACAGUCAUUUCGUCAGAGAGACAGGUCUAGUCGACGACAAAGUUGCAAACUUCAUGAACCAAAUCGAAACAGCCGUAACGCAAUUUAUAAACAAUGGCGAAAUGUUGAAGGCUUAUGCGUACUACAACUAUUUACUGCAACUCUUCCUCUCGGAAUCAAAACUGAACAACCUAUACAAUUACCUUCAAGACUCGAUAAGUUUAGAUGGCUCGUACCUCGAAUAUAUAGAAAGAGAUGACGUCAGACGAGCGUUACAUGUUGGCAACACCAACUUCACUUCAAUAGGUGUGGUGUAUAGAAAACUGGUGCCAGAUUUCAUGGGCAGCGCGAAACCUUGGCUCGAAGAAUUACUUGAAAACUACAAGGUCAUGCUCUAUAACGGCCACUUGGACAUCAUUGUGGCCUACCAUCCAUCAGUAAACACCUACGAUUCGUUAACAUUCAGUGGUACUUCUGAGUUUCGUGUUACGCACCGAAGACCUUGGUUCCACGACGGACAACUAGCUGGAUAUUAUAAAAUAGCGGGAAACCUCACUGAGGUGAUGAUUCGUGGAGCCGGUCACAUGGUGCCGGCUGACAAGCCAGCGGCCGCACUCGGCCUUAUAUCAGCCUUUGCUCGUGGUAUAUCAUUAUACGAAGAUACAGGCUCAUUAGUGGAUAUAGAAAAAAACUCAUCAAGAACUCAUCAACUUCCACUCAACUAAUGCAAUCAUUUAAAACUAAUUUAUUGCAAGUCGCCGUGAUCCUGAAAAUAAUUAAAACAUUCCUAUUACAUAGAUUUGAUUUAGGAUUAUGUAAAUAAAUAAUUAUUU